GAUAUAAUACAUUCACUUACUCUGAGCUUCUUUUGUUAUUUUUCCUUCAUCAUGGCUACAUGUUCUUCAACAGGAACCAACUUCCCUAUUGUUGCUGCCACAAUGCUACUUUUUGGGCUGCUAAUGGCAAGCCUAGACACAAUAGGGGCACAAACAGGUGUUUGUUAUGGAAUGAAUGGCAACGAUUUACCAACUCAACAGGAAGUUGUGGAUCUAUACAAAUCUAAAAGUAUCCCAAGCAUGAGACUUUAUGAUCCAAACCAAGCAGCUCUCCAAGCUCUCAGCGGCUCCAACAUUGAACUCAUGUUGGGUGUCCCAAAUGAUGCCCUUCAAGGCAUAGCCACCAGCACUUCCACUGCAAAUGACUGGGUGCAAAACAAUGUGGUAACCUACUCUUCUACUGUCAAAUUCAAGUAUAUCGCUGUCGGCAAUGAAGUCAGUCCUGUCAAUGGCAAUUCUCAAUAUGUAGACUAUGUUCUCCCGGCGAUGCAAAACAUUCACAGUGCAAUUGCUUCAGCUAGUUUACAAAUCACAGUGACCACAGCAAUUGACACUGGACUCCUUGGCACUUCCUACCCACCAUCCCAAGGCGCAUUCGGAGACGAUGUGAGAUCUUAUAUAGACCCAAUUAUUUCUUUCCUUGCAGAAAACAGUGCACCACUACUAGCAAAUGUGUAUCCUUACUUCAGUUACAAGGAUAACACUGGUUCCAUCAGCCUUUCCUAUGCCCUAUUUACAUCAUCAUCAGUUGUGGUAACAGAUGAGUAUAGUGGUCUUGGAUACCAAAACCUGUUUGAUGCAAUGGUCGAUGCUCUCUACUCUGCUCUCGAGAAGGCAGGUGGUUCCAAUCUGGCAAUUGUUAUAUCAGAAAGUGGUUGGCCAUCUUCAGGAGGUACGGACACAACUGUAGAAAAUGCAAAGACGUACAAUACCAAUCUGGUUCAACAUGUGAAGAGUGGAACCCCGAAGAAGUCUACAUCUUUAGAGACUUACGUGUUUGCUAUGUUUGAUGAGAACGAAAAGAGUCCAGAAGAAGAGAAGCACUGGGGGUUAUUCACUCCAGAUCAACAAGCCAAAUAUGAAAUUAGCUUCACCUAAACGUGUUGAAAGAGUGCAGAUUGGUUUAGAAG